AUGGAGCGACUCCAUCGCCGCGACCGCUCCCGUGACCCCGGCAGCGACGCGGGCAGCACCACCACCAGCACCACCGCCAGCACCCGCCUCCGCAGUCGCCGUAUCCGCGACACCCGCAGCUCCGCAGUGGAGGAUUCCGCUUCCGAAGACGUCGAUACCGACGCGAGUUCAGGGAGUCACAAGGACGACGCGUCAACGCGCCGUCCACGACGCCUCAUGGCGUCACGACAGAUGACAGACGAGACACGACGGAGCUCUUCUUGCCAUUCGGACGUUGAUCGACGCUCGUUGCGGUCCGGGGACGAGGGGGACGGAGGAAGAGCAGCAAUGGACGAGGAAGAGAGGGAGAGCGGGGAGGAAGAGACGGGGAGUGAGGACGAGCUGGAGGAGGAGAUGAAGGGAGAGGAGAAGUACGGACGGUCCAUGUCGAUUGUGUCUGCGACGUCGUCGACGUCUUCGUUGGCUCUUGAGCCUAUGACAGAAGAGCAGCGACGGGAACGUCUGGACCGACAAGUAGCGGAGCUGGAGCAGAAGAAGAAGAUGGUAGAGGACGGCACGCUCGCCGAGUUUUGUCGUCGCGUGGCGGCGUUCAAAGAAGAGCGCAAUCGACUGUUGCAGACGGCCGAGCUCCACAAGAACCUGCAGCUGAAAAAUGGACAGGAUCUCUACCACUUUGAAGUGCAACGGGCUCAUCAUUUGUGGCAGAACGACCGCAAAGUACUUAAGGAAGAGCUACUGACGAAGGUGGGUGCUAUCCUGCUGAAAAUCCAGAGGGAGAUCAAGGUGUUGUCUGAGCUGGGAGCAGCGGGUGCAGAAGCUCGCCGAACGUCUCGUUUGAAACGAGGUGUGCGCCACGCGUUCACUGAGAAGCUUGUCCGUGUGACUGAGGAUCGUAACGCAUUGGAGCGCAAGAUGGCGAAAGAUUCCGAGCAGGAGGAAGGCGAAGUGAUUGAACCGUCACUACCGUGUGCGACCAAAGAAGUGGUGCUUGCUAAGCGACGCAAGAUGGACCCGACGACAACUGCCGAUCCAGUGGAUGUGUCACAGCUGCUCGCAGUAGAGGUCGUUCGGUUGCCGUUCGACGACGUCAGUUCCGACAUAGCUGCUGUCGUGGGCGAUUGGAAGAAGACGGCACAAUCGAUGGUGGCGUGCUCACCGAGCAUGGGCGAGCAGCCCUUCAAGCUUGAACGGCGACGGUUGUGUUGCGGCAACUACAUUUUCGAAGAUGGUGACGAAGUACAUGUUUCGAUGCCGCUCGUACAGGGAGAUUGCACGGGCAUCAUUUCGUCCAUUACGGACACCGCAAUUUACAUCAAGCUCGCAUCGGGCCAAAAGGCACGCAUCUUUCUACCACACCUCGAGCGUCGGCGUUGCGAGCUCAAGCCGUUAUUGCGCGCCAAACCACUCACGGGCAGCUUGCACAGCAUGGGUUGGUCCGAGCACGACACGUUUUACUAG